AUGUCGAAAUCGUUAUCGAUUCCGGCUGCUCUGAGUGGCCUAAAGCGAACCUCCUUGAUGCGUUUCAGCACCCGAAAAGAACGAAAAGACACAAACGUCCUCAACGGAUUCGUGAUUUCCGUUGUCAAUUCCCCUAUCGGAACCGUGCGACUAUAUGGUACGCCAGCGGAACGUGCGGGUCUUGGUGUCGGUGAUGAAAUCAUAGCGGUCAAUGGUGUUGAAAUCGAAGGAAAAACUCAUGAAGAGGUCGUUGGAUACAUCCAGGAGCAGUUAGGUUACGAAAUGUUGGAGGGAGUAACUCAGCAUAUAUUUUUCCCUGCUGGUGGAAAUUCCUUUUGGGACAAUCGGUGGUUUUAUUCCGGUCCCCAGACUAUACAAGUCAGUCCUCCUUCCUUCCCUGAUCAGCGAUUUGAGUCGGCCUCAUCGGAACCGACAGUGACGGAGGCAUUUCUUGUUUCCGUAGACAAAGACAGAACGAAGGAAGUAACGAACAGAUUGAAAAGGAAGAAUCCUCUCGUUAAGACUUUUGACAUGGAAACGAUCGCUUCAGCGGAACCGGCGGGAAAUCAACAAGCUUCUGCUUUUGCUCCACAAGUACAGCAAAACACCAACGAACGACUAAAAUUGUACGAAGCCGACGUGAAAGUCCGAAUGACGCAGAAGGCACAACGCGAGAAGGAGAACAACAUUCUGAGGCAAGAUUUCUUCUGCAGUCUUCGUACUCAUUAA